AUGGAUCCAGCCAAUGACAACAUCCCAUACGAGCCCUCGUUCGAUGUCCGGGAACUGGUCAGCAUUGAGGAGGUGAUGGAGCGAGAGGAAUUGGGUCCAAACGGUGGCGUUCUCUGGGCCAUGGAAGAAGCAGAAGCGAACUUUGAUUGGCUGGAGAGCCAUCUCGAAGACUGCGAAGAAACGAUCAUUCUGGACAUGCCUGGUCAGGCAGAACUAACAACACAUCACGACGCCAUUCCACGUCUUCUACAUCGACUUGAAAAGGCUGGCUUCCGAAUAGUCGUUCUGCAACUCCUCGACUCGGUGGUCAUGACCCGACCCUCUCUCUACUUGAGCAGUCUCAUUCUCUGCCUGCGAGGCAUGCUGCACCUCCCAUACCCGAUUGUCAACAUCUUCACCAAGCUAGACAAUCUUGCCGCAGUAGGAGGCGGUGAUUUGCCUUUCAACCUAGACUUCUACACCGAAGUUCAGGAUCUCUCACACUUUCUGCCCGUACUUGCGGCCGAGCAAGCAAGCAGUAGCUUAGUGAAUAGAGAGAAGUGGGAUCGACUGAACGAAGCUCUCAUCGGAUUGAUCGAAGACCAUGGUAUGAUCGGUUUCGAGACGCUUGCAGUCGAAGAUCGUCAGAGCAUGUCGAGCUUGUUGAGAGCAAUAGAUCGUGCUAGCGGAUAUGUGUUUGCAGGUGCUCGCGCCAAGGAUGAGGAAGGGAGGACGUUGAGUGAUGAGGCAAGUAUUUGGGCACAAGCCAUGAGCUCAAAUUACGGGCAAAUGGAGGUGCGCGAUGUGCAGGAGAGGUGGAUUGAGAGGAAAGAUGAAUGGGAUGAGAUUGAGAGGAAGCAGUGGGAAGAGGAGGCGAAGUUGGCGGGAGCUCUUGAUGGUCAGUCUCCGGCUGCGGCAGUAAGGAGGGCAGAGUCAAAGGAUGAUGUGGGUGGAGAGGAAGAUGACGAGUUGCUUGACGAGCAGAGAAAGUGGAUGGAGGAGCAGGCGAAGAAGGGCCAAGGUGGAGGAGCAACAGCUGUGAGGAAGCCUUGA